AUGUCUAACACUUUACUUGUCAUCCUUUUUCUAUUAAAAUUAAUAUCUUUAUCCCAUGUAACUGGAACACUACGUAAUUUCUGUGGGAAAACUUCUAACAUUAAAAAGGGAUACACAUUUAGAGAUUUUGAGGGUUCACAAUCAUCUAGAAUAGUUGGUGGAUCAAAAGCAUUAAAUAAUUCAUGGCCAUGGAUUGGACAAAUUGUAAAUGAAAAUGGCACACAUGUUUGUGGUUCAACUUUGGUUGGUAAACGAUUCCUUUUAACAGCAGCUCAUUGUUUUGGAGAUGUCAAAUCAAAAAAUGACAUUUAUGAAAAUUAUAGUGUUUUACUUGGUAGUAAUGAGAGAAAUAAAGGUGAAAAAUAUGAAAUUGAAACAAUUUCUAUUCAUCCUUAUUACAAAAGAAAUUUUAUUGCUUAUGAAUAUGAUAUUGCCAUUAUAAAACUUACUGAGCCUGUAAAUAUAAAUAAGAAAAUAACACCAAUUAAAAUAUCAAAAAAUCCUGUUAACAGGUAUCGUGUUUGUGUUGUAGCAGGAUGGGGUAUGACGUCAGAGGAUGGUGAUCAAGCAACAUUUUUAAAAGAAUUACAAUUACCUGUUUUGUCAAAUGAAAUUUGUAAUGAUUUUAUGCAUUAUAGAGGAUUAGUUAACACAUUAUCAAGUUUUUGUGCUGGUUAUAGUGAUGGCAGAGAUGAUGCUUGUAAGGGUGAUUCUGGGGGUCCUUUAAUGUGCUUAGACAACGAAUCAUGGGAAAUUCAUGGUAUCGUAAGUUGGGGUGUAGGCUGCGCUAAACGUGGAUAUCCAGGAAUUUACACAAGUGUUUAUCUAGUUAAAUCAUGGAUAUUUAGCGAAAUCAUAAAGUUAAAUUCUAACAUUGAAAAUGUUUGUUUGUAG